AUGCCGCUCGGAGGCCUCGACCAGAACCCAACCCAGCCCAUGUGGUUUACUGGUGUCUUGGCUCGCCUAGCUGCGGACCCUUUCUCCACUGGAGACCGAGGCAGAGAAGAAGACAAAGCCAUGAAUAAUAGCAACAUGCUGAAUUUCCUGCGUAGGAAACAAUUCCGGCAAAAUGUGCGAGCCUCCAAGAUCGGUGUCAUCAUCUAA